GAUUCGUUUCCCUUCAGCAAUACAGGACUUCCCGGCAGUAAGACAUCGCUAGAGGAGCGCCGAUCAGUGAGCAGCAUUAUUCAGCAGAGCUACCUGUGUGCCGGUUCCUGUCAGCAUGUUUCGCAACCAGUAUGACAAUGACGUCACAGUGUGGAGCCCACAGGGCCGUAUCCAUCAAAUCGAAUAUGCCAUGGAGGCUGUGAAGCAGGGAUCUGCCACCGUGGGGCUGAAAUCAAAAACCCACGCUGUGCUUGUGGCCUUAAAAAGGGCUCAGUCCGAGCUGGCCGCCCAUCAGAAGAAGAUUCUCAAUGUAGAUAAUCACAUCGGUAUCUCCAUCGCUGGGCUGACGGCUGACGCGCGCCUGCUGUGUAACUUCAUGCGUCAGGAGUGUCUGGAUUCCAGGUUUGUGUUUGAACGUCCGCUCCCGGUGUCUCGGCUUGUCUCGUUGAUUGGAAGCAAAACCCAAAUUCCAACUCAGCGUUAUGGACGGAGACCUUACGGCGUGGGCCUCCUUAUUGCAGGUUUUGAUGAUAUGGGGCCGCACAUCUACCAGACGUGCCCUUCGGCAAACUAUUUUGAUUGCAAGGCGAUGUCUAUCGGAGCGCGGUCACAGUCGGCUCGCACCUACCUGGAGCGACGUAUGUCGGAGUUUCUUGACUGUAAUUUGAAUGAGCUGGUUAAGCAUGGACUUCGUGCUCUAAGAGAAACCCUUCCUGCAGAACAGGACCUGACCACAAAGAAUGUUUCUAUUGGCAUUGUUGGGAAAGACUUGGAAUUCACAAUCUAUGAUGAUGACGAGGUUGCUCCGUUCCUAGAAGGUCUGGAAGAACGGCCACAAAGAAAGACGGCCCCUGUUGCAGAAGACCCCGUAGAAAAGCCAGAAGAGCCCAUGGAACAUUAGAUUUGCAUUCUCCUUUUAUAGGGGAAUUAUUUCUAGUCUGGACCUGCGGUGCCGCACCAAAUGGCUCAUACGUCAAAUAUGUCCCUUGAUUUGUAAAUCUGAUCUUAAAUCGACAUUCUGUAACCGAGCGGGCAAAAAAAACCCAAACAUUUUUGUGAAAUGCCUAAUAUUUUGCAUAAUGCUUAUCGCCUUCAUAGCGUGAAGGUACCUGGAAUAAAAAAAAAUUUCUUGA